AUGAAGACUGCUUACACUAACGCCUAUCGAUGCCUGGCCAAGGACCUGGACGCUUACGCCAUGAACACGGACAUGACGAUGGACGGCAUCGGCAGCCUGCAUGGCGGGGUGGCCGUGAGCUCCGUGGCCCCUGACGUGGAGCUGAUGAGCGGCCACAGCCCGCACCACGGCCGCGGGAACGGGUCGCUGGCGGGGGGGGGACCCGGGGCGGCGGCGGCGGCCGCGGCGGCGGCGGCGUCCACCCUGCGGAUGCACCAGGACCUGGCCGCCGCCGCCGCCUCCUCCCGCUCCGCCAUGGUGUCCGGCAUGGCCACCAUCCUGGACGGCAGCGGGGAGUACCGGCCGGAGCUGUCCCUGCCGCUGCACCACGCCAUGAGCGUGCCCUGCGACACCUCCUCCCCCGGGAUGGGCAUGAGCGGCACCUACACCACCCUGACCCCGCUGCAGCCGCUGCCCCCCAUCUCCACCGUGUCCGACAAGUUCCACCACCACCACCAUCACCACCACCACCACCAGCGGCUCUCCGGGAACGUCAGCGGGAGCUUCACCCUGAUGCGGGACGAGCGCGGGCUGCCGGGCAUGAACAACAUCUACAGCCCCUACCACAAGGACCACAUGUCCGGGAUGGGUCAGAGCCUGUCCCCGGUGCUGGGAAACAGCCUGGGCUCCAUCCACAACACCCAGCAGGGUCUCCACAACUACGGCACCACGACGCACGGAGGCCACGACAAAAUGCUCAACUUCGAGGCGCACCACACCGCCUCCAUGCUGGCCAGAGGGGACCACCACCAGCACCGGGGCCUCGGCGGCCCGGCGCCCGGGAUGAUGCCGCACCUCAACGGCAUGCACCACCCGGGUCACCCGGCCGCGUCCUCGGCGGGCCACCACCCCCACCCCCACCUCCAGUCCCCGUCCCACGGGCCCGUGCUGGCGUCCACGCGGGAAAGACCGCCCUCCUCCUCGGGCACGCCAGGGGGGAACGGCUCGGGACAGCUGGAGGAGAUCAACACCAAGGAGGUGGCGCAGAGGAUCACGGCGGAGCUGAAGAGAUACAGCAUCCCCCAGGCCAUCUUCGCCCAGAGGGUGCUGUGCCGCUCCCAGGGAACCCUGUCGGACCUCCUGAGGAACCCCAAACCGUGGAGUAAACUAAAGUCAGGCCGGGAGACGUUCAGGAGGAUGUGGAAGUGGCUGCAGGAGCCCGAGUUUCAGAGGAUGUCGGCCCUCAGACUGGCAGACAUUGAGUGGAUCGUCAUCAUAGCAAAGUUUUUCAGCAACCAAGACGUUUAA